AUGAGAUUUUCCCCUUUCCAGAAAUUAUUAGUACAUAAGGAUACAAUUUUGGGAUGUCUGAUUGGCGGUGGCUUUAUUUACUAUACAAAUUAUACAAUCGAGAAAAGAUUAGGUAUACAGGCUGAUCUAAUAAAGCCUCUAACCUCAGAAUCUAUCAGACCAUAUGAAGAAAAUGAGAUUUUAGAGAAUAGGUUGGCACAGUCAGACUAUGUGGACCAGUAUAAAUUUGUAAAGGAACCAAGUUUUAAGAAGAAAGUGCCGAAACAACCGUUGUAUGAGAAAGAAACUAGUGAUGAGGUGGUGAAUGAGAUGUGGCAAGAUACAUCCGAAUUAACCUUUUUGGAUACCUUAGAGACGGGAGAUUUAGCAUUCAUCCGUUACAAUACACACAACCUCAGCCUGUUUAAAAUGAUGCAAUUGAAGUUUAUCAGAUUUAUCACGGGCAGGUGUUACGACGAUAUAUCAAUAAUAUAUCGAAAGGCUUCAACCAAUAGGGAUAUGAGUGAUGUAUUAUUCAUACUUUCGCCAUGUAUAAACAUGUCAGAGUGGGCAAUGCAAGUCAAAUCCCACUCAGAGCUUAAAAUUGAUGAAUCUGUGAGAGAUGUGAAUGAAUCUAAAAAUGAAACUAACGCCCAUUACAUGAGCAGAAUUGCCAGCCAUCCUGGAUUUUUAAAAUCCGAGUUAAAAUCUAUACUUAAAAUAGAUACUGAAUGCAAAGGUUGGUCAAGUUAUUUUCAUAUCCCAAAAUUUACACGGUUAAAGAAACAACCGGGAUUGUAUUCUUUUGAAUAUCUGCAUUUGCUUGUCUAUCAAGACCCGGAACUGGUGACCAUUAGACGAAUAGUUUGCGAUAAAAAUGAUCGGUUGCGAAUUGAAAAUGCACUUAAAAAUACAAUUAAAACAAACAAACACGUUAGAUCACUUUGGAGUGAUGUAUGUAAUUGCUUGUUCAGGAAGCCCCUAAAUGGGUUCUACACCAGGCAUUAUAUUGAGAGUUUGAAAGAAAAGAUUGAAAUAUUGCAUGGUAACAGGAUUAUUGACAAUUCAAAACAUGUAUUUAUAGAGAAGUUGCUAAAGACACUGAAGAUUUCAGAGGCGAAUUCCAUUAUCGAUUCUUUGAUAGAUUUAGAAAGGGCUAGUGAUAAAUGCCACUCACUUUCAUUUAAUCACUACAAGAUUAUCGCAUUAUUUGAAAAUCAGCGAAAUAUGACACAUGCUGAAACGAUUAACCAUUGUGAUAGUACACUGGCUGUGAAAGUAUUUAGUGACGCUGGUAUAAUGUGCAGUGGCGUAAAGUUUACACAAGAAGAUUUGAUGGAUUUUGUUCCACUAAAUAGCUCAGCAACUGUACCAUCCCAGUAUAUGGAUGGAUCUAUCAAUAACCCUCUGGCAGCAGUGGUUCCCAGGUUAUCUGCUAGCUUCGAUUUACAUGACGGGUAUAUGCAGCAUGCUCGUAGAGUGGCACAAACCUAUACACCUUUACACUCUAUUAUCAAGGUGCCUUCGUGA